CGCUGGAAGACACAAGCUGAUUAUGUUCGCAUUAAUUAAGUGGGUGGAGGAUGGAAAAUUCUCAAUUCUGCCCACUGAACAUAUUAGAAAAUUUGAUGAGGAUGAAUACUCAGCAGGUAUGGAGGAAAAUGACGUUUACUUGGUGGAGUGGCGUCAAGGCGUCAAAGAGCCAAAAGGGGGGUGGCCGGCCUAUGAGGCCUCCAUCAAGGUAGCAGGUGCCUAUUUUUAUUAUCCUAUUUCCAAUAUAAUACUCUUAUAUUAUCCUCUAUUAUUCUGUAUACCGCUUGUAGAUUUAUAACAAGACGUCAGUAAAAUAUUCAUUUUGUUAUUUUUUGUUUUAGUUAACAGCAGGACCGUAUGUAGUUGUGACGUACUACAAACAUUAGCCUUUUUCUUAGCAUUAUUCUACCUCCUCAGAAAGGGAAAUAACUUUACAAAUAAAACUUAAGGAAAUUGAAGAACAGCUACCCAAGUCAGACACUCUGAAGAGAAAGAGUAAACCUUCAAUGAAACUCCUAGAGGCCGCAGAGAUGAGAGCGGAACCAGCAGCAAAGAAAAAGGUACACCUCACAGACCUACCAAAUGAUCUAAAGGUGUGGAAUGAAAGAAAAAUGGAACAUCUACAGCGUGUGAUAAAUCAACUGAGAGAAGAGAACAUGAAUCUAAAUAAAGAGAAUGAGAGGCUGAAAAAUGAAAUACUUGAAAAAAUCCCAUCUCUCCUUCUGGCUACAGAGCACUUACUCCGGGAGCCCAUGAAAUCAAAUGCAGAUGUUCCUGAAAUGUCAAAGACUCCAUCUCAUGUUCCCCUCUCACAUGCUCCUAAACCUUUGGAAUCAAAUGCAGAUUUCCUUGAUCAUAACAGCAAGAUAUUUUCUGAUGGAGAUAUGGUGCCGAAGGCUCCAUCCAAGGCUUCUCUGUCUGGUUCUGCCAAAUGUUCCAGUGAUGCUAAUUAUGUGGAGUUAGCACAUGGCACAGGCAUAAAAAUUCUAAAGCAUCAAUGGACUUCUGCCCUGCAGACCCAAACAGCCACUUCAAUGGUGCGUGCUCUUUUAAUGGCCGCCUUCCCACUGGAGGUUCUGAUCCACAGCAAUUUGAAAGGAGGAAUGAGUAAAACUGACUGUGGUGCCGAGAGGAGUGCCCUUGAUAAGGACACCAUGGCAGCCAUAUAUGUGGCAGUGAAGAAGAGGUUUCCCAAUGUGUCCAGAGGAGCUUUGGGGAUUGCAGUGAAUUCUAAGCUGGGGGAACUGAGACUGCUUGGAAAAAGUUUAAUUUUUUGAAAUUUAAAGUAUGUUCCUUGCUUGAUUUUUAUUCAUAUGUGUUACAUACAUGUUCACAUUUUA